AUGGCGGGACGAAACCAGAAGGGAUCAGCAUCGGAAUCCGAAACAAAUUCACGAUACAACAGCCACCACGCAAGUUCCACCACCGGCAACUCCAACUCCUCAACCACAAACAAUCCCUCGGCCGCAACUACAAACACAACAACAGCAGCAGCAGCAGCAGCAGCAGCUUCUUCUUCUUCAUCCAACCAACAACAACAACAACAGUCUCAACAGUCACAGCAGUCACAGCAGACGCAGACACAACCGAAAACAUCGCAAAAAGUCAAGGCCCAAAUCGCGCUUCAACAACAGCAAACUUUCCUCCAGAAACACAUCAACUCGAAUGGGCCCCGCGAUAAGCCACGCAAGGACCCCUUGGACUUUGAGACGAUGGACGAUGCAAUCUUGCUCAAGUACAGCGACCGCUACGGCUUCAACUUGCCGCGGCCCGAGCUGAUCAACUCGGAGAUCUUAAACUCGGAAAUCGGCAAAAAGACAUAUAGCAAGCGCGCGCAGAUGAAGCGGGCUGAGCAGAUGCAAAGAGAGCUGGAGCGCGGCGAUGGAGGUAAAGAGGAAGGCUCGCUUCUGCUGCAGCUGCUGCAAAGGGAGUUUCUGGUGAAAAACCCCGGUGGCGGAAAGAGCCGCAUUAGCAAGAAGGAGUUUGCCCUGCAUGUCAAGGCCCAUUUUUUGAGCUUGACUGCUAAGGAAAACGAUAUCAUUACUGGGUUUUUGUACAAGGUGAAGCAUCAGGAUAAGGAGUUCAAGCUUACUUUCCAAUAG